AGAGAGCCGGGGCUGCCGAUUGUUCUUAGGCGGCGGAGGCACUAGUCUGGAUUCAGUAAGUAACUACGACUUGGCAUUUCUAUACAACUGGUUCCAGCUGUCCUAAAUCCCUUUUUUAGGAAAUGCACAUGUCAAAUGGUUCAUUCGUUCAUCACUGGCAGAAUGAUAACUUGAAUAACUACCUCUGGCCUCUUUACCAAAACCUGCGAUAACUUCGACUUUAAAUUCACUUCAAAUUUCAACCUCCACCAACACGACGCACUUUUACUGUCGUCGUCACACCCUCCUUUUUUUCUUUUCUUCUCUUACGGUCUAUCCGUUUUUCCAUCUUUUCCUACCUUGCCCCCCCCCCUACCUACCUCCCUACCUCCCUACCUGACCUAGCCUAGUACUAUGAUAUGAAUGCGUGCUGGUCAUUGUCCACACUUCAUUAGCCCAUCAUGACGCUUCCCUUUCGAGAUAUCAACGUCCACGUUGCGGCCGAAUCCUAUACUUUCACCUCACCCUCCUCUCCUAAUGCGCCUGCUCUCAUCGUUGAUCGUCCUACCGGUGAUGUAAGACUCAGUGAAUCUACUCAUUUCCCAAGCAAGCGUGUAUCUCGUGUUUCUAGUAUUCCUGGCAUACUAGGUCUGAUUAAACUGAGACUCGACAAAUAUGUCAUCAUCAUUACCAAAGCCGAGCCCGUAGGCCGUUUAAGGGGCCAUAUGGUCUACAAAGUCAUCUCGACCGAUUUCCUACCUAUGCGCGAACGACAAAUCCGUGAUCCCGACGAGGACCAGUUCCUAUCACUACUCAAGACCUUUAUCAUGAAAGGCCCCAUGUACUUCUCGUAUUCCAUCGACCUCACCAACAGCUUCCAAAGACAAGCCUCUUCGGACAUUUCGAACCCGCUCUGGAUGCGAGCCGACGAUCGCUUCUUCUGGAAUAGAUUCGUCCAAACUGACCUCAUCAACUUUCGGAGGACUGGCAAUAGAUCACAGCCUGGCCAGCAACCUGGCGCUGACCCCUAUAUUCUACCCAUUGUGUGGGGAACCCUCGAGAUCCGGCCUACGACAUUCAAGAAUACCCCCUUAACCUUAGUUUUAAUUACCCGAAAAUCACGGCAUCGUGCCGGCACUAGAUACUUCACCAGGGGCAUCGAUGAAGAUGGGCAUGCUGCAAAUUACAAUGAAACUGAACAGGUUGUUGUGCUCAACGACACUGGAAGGGGCCUGGGUGGAUUCGCUGGAAGUAGUGACAUGCAAAGCGGCAAAUACGGCGAGGGGGCAGAGAUGCAAGUAUUAUCCUACGUCCAAACCCGAGGUAGCAUACCCGUGUAUUGGGCCGAGAUCAACGCACUCAAGUAUACCCCUAAGCUUCAAGUCAGGGGUAUCGAGACGGCCUUGGCAGGUGCCAAGAAGCAUUUUGAUGACCAGAUCCGCAUCUACGGAGAUAACUACCUAGUAAAUUUGGUCAACCAGUCAGGCCGCGAAAAGCGAAUGAAGGAUGCAUACGAACAAAUGGUGAAGAUGUUGGUUUCUUCACCUUCAGAAAAGGUUAAGGGCGAUGUGAUUAGCGAUGAGAAAUUCCACGUCAUUGAGCCUGCAUCCUCGAAACAGGAGUACGAUCGUGUACACUACGUAUACUUUGACUUCCAUCACGAGACCAAGGGCCUACAAAUGCAUAGGGCCAUGCUACUCGUUGAACAACUUCAGGAUGCUUUGAUAGCACAGCAAUAUUUCCGUGGUGUGGAUAUGCCUGCCAAUGGCGGUCUCGAAACUAGGAAUUUCCAGACCAGCGUGGUACGAACAAAUUGCAUGGACUCUCUUGACCGCACCAACGUCGUUCAGAGUAUGCUGGCACGAUGGACAUUGGACCGUAUGUUCGUCGACCUCGGAUUACUCCAGCGAGGGGAGACAUUCGCCACUGCCGAUCCUGCGUUCGAAUUCCUCUUCCGAAACAUUUGGGCCGACAAUGCGGAUACAGUCUCCAACUCGUACGCGGGCACUGGCGCCAUGAAGACGGACAUUACACGUCUAGGCACGCGUACCAAAGCAGGCAUAUUUGCCGACGGUAGGAUAGCUGUGAUGCGAUACUAUCUAAACAAUUUCCGUGAUGGUCCAAGACAGGAUGCCUUCGAUCUAUUCCUAGGCGCCUACGAGCCAGCUACUGCUAACAUCGGUUCUUCACUCGUGUUUGCCGACCGCCGACCAAUCCUCAUCCAAAGCAUCCCUUACAUAUUUGCUUUUAGUCUAUUCUUCGUAUUGCUUGGCUUAUUCACCAGACGUUCACCAGGCUCAACUGUAUGGACUAUCAGGAUAUUUGUCUUGUUUUGGCUCGUGGUAGCUGGAUGGUGCUUCAGCUUUAUUAUCGGCAACGGAAUGCUUUUCGUCAACUGGCCAAAACUCAACCCACGACCAUGGGCCACUGAGGGCUAUCAAGACGCCAUCACCAAGGUCCGAAAAGAUAAACUGCUUGGUCCCUUCGUAGCUCGGCAUGAGCGUGGCCUCAGCGCCGCCCGGUAUGUCAAUGCCGAAGAAGGCAAGAAGAGGAUUGAAUAAACAGACAGACAGACAGACAGACAGACAGACAGACAGACAGACGGAUAUAGACAGACAGGGGGAGCCAAUGGAUCGAGGGGAAGUAAGUAGGCCUCCACCAAUAUUGUAUUUUUAAUCCUUUUUCUUUUUGUUCAACUACUACCGCAUUGCUUCAAGGUUGUCGGCUAUUCGCAUACGGUGUAGAAUAGGGUUUUGUGCUGCUGGAAUAAUCAAUCUUCAUAAUCCUGUUUCUGUUCAAUUUGAGGGUAUGUUCGCUGCGUAGUUAUUGGGUACCUCCUCGGCACCUACCUACUAAAUCGGUGCCUAUGUAUUGUACCUUUACCCCAAUGAAUACAACUUAGCAGGGGGGGAAAGGUGUGCUAUCCCCUUUCCAUAUAAUAAGGUAUGUAGGUCUACGAUAUCAUUCAAUGUUGUCUACCUACCUAAAGGUACCUGAUCGUUUGGUACCUACAUAGUAGGUGCACCUAAUCUUGUGACCAUUCAACAAUAGCAUUUUCACGGUGGUGUUGGACAAUUUAUUAGUCCUG